AUGGAUCCUGAAAUCAACACAGCUCCGUUGCAGUUCCACGAAGAGGAUGGGUAUUCCAUGAAUUCGUUGAUGAAUAGACUUGAUGAGUUCCAGCAUGCACAGCAAUGGGAGUGUCUAGAGCGCCUGACGCUGGAGAAUUCCUGGUUGGAACAGCACGUUACCCGUCACCGAGAAAAGUCGGCACGCGUGGCCUUUCUGCUACGUGAGAUCGAAGGAGCCGCGAAUGAAAUGCAAAGGGCACUUGAAGCGUGCUGCAGUGAAGAAGUUGCAGCAGAUAGAGCUUGGCUCGCAUUCUGGCAUGUGCGUGAGAAGCAAGGGGCAGCAUCUGGUAAUGGGUCUUGGAUCUAA